CUCUUUCACUUAACUCAGUGUCACCACUGCAAAAAAACAGAACCCAACUAACAAUGGCACUCCUUAGACUCCCAACACAAUUAGCCACGCCCGCAAAAUCCCGUCACCAAAUGUAUUCUACCAACAGCAACGCCAAUUCACUCUCAUGGCACCGCAAUUUAACUCCCCCCCUUCUAAGUUCUCUUCCCUCGGGUAAAUGUAAUGCGCGGAGUGCGGCGUCAAUGAUUUGCAAUGCGAGCGCGGCGGAGGCGGCCACUGGCGCGGUGAAUCUUGGGCCGGGGACUCCGGUUAGGGCGACUAGCAUACUUGUGGUUGGUCCGACGGGAACUUUGGGUAGACAGAUUGUGAGGCGGGCUCUUGAUGAAGGCUACGAUGUUCGCUGCCUUGUUAGGCCUCGUCCUGCUCCGGCUGAUUUUCUUCGCGAUUGGGGUGCUACUGUUGUUAAUGCAGAUCUUAGUAAACCGGAGACCAUACCGGCUACAUUGGUUGGGAUUCAUACUGUUAUCGACUGUGCCACUGGACGUCCUGAAGAGCCUAUUAAAACGGUAGAUUGGGAAGGAAAAGUUGCUCUGAUACAAUGUGCAAAAGCAAUGGGAAUUCAGAAGUAUGUGUUUUAUUCAAUUCAUAACUGUGACAAGCAUCCUGAAGUUCCGCUUAUGGAGAUCAAGUAUUGCACAGAGAAAUUUCUGAAGGACUCUGGCCUUAAUCACGUCAUUAUACGGUUGUGUGGCUUCAUGCAGGGCCUUAUUGGGCAGUAUGCAGUACCUAUACUAGAAGAAAAAUCUGUUUGGGGAACUGAUGCCCCCACGAGAGUUGCUUAUAUGGACACCCAGGAUAUAGCUCGGUUGACAUUUAUUGCAUUACGGAAUGAGAGUAUUAAUGGAAAGCUUCUAACUUUUGCUGGUCCUCGAGCAUGGACAACACAAGAGGUAAUUACAUUGUGUGAAAGGCUGGCAGGGCAGGAUGCCAAUGUAACCACUGUUCCGGUCUCAGUUUUAGGAUUUACUCGUCAACUGACACGGUGUUUUGAGUGGACUAGUGACGUUGCUGAUAGACUGGCUUUUUCAGAGGUUCUGACGAGUGAUACUGUUUUCUCGGCGCCUAUGAAUGAGACGUAUAAGUUACUGGGUGUAGAGCAGAAAGAUAUAGUGACAUUGGAUAAAUAUUUGCAGGAUUACUUUGCAAACAUAUUGAAGAAAUUGAAAGACAUCAAGGCUCAGUCGAAGCAAAGUGAUUUUUACAUAUGAAAGAAUUGCAUUAUGUAAUUGUAAAUGAAGCUAUAUAUAUAUAUAUGUUUAUGGCAGCACAAGAUCUAGCCUUGGCAUCACUUGUAUCAUUCAUUUUAAUUUAUUAACUCAUAGUCUCAAUUUUUUUUA